GGAGCCGCGACCCGCCGCCCGCCGCACGGGCAACAGGUGAGAGGCUUGGGGUACUGGGGCGGCUGCCUGGAGAGUAGAGGGCUCCGCGCUGCCAGGGCAGCACAGGCCCAUGUUACACAUCUUCCAGGAAGGAGACCUGGUGUGCGUGUUGGAAGUAGGUACUUUGCAGCAGGAGGACCCAGACGGAGCACUGGUGAGCGUUGUGUGGUGAUGGAUCAAACCAAGACCCUGGCUGGACUGUACGUGUGUAGCUUUCUGACUAAAUGUCACUGCCUGCUGCCCGUACUUUCUCUGCUUUUCUCCCCUGCCUGUACCUGGUGGCUUGCCCUGUAGGCUGGCAGCCUCUGGACUUGGGGUGGCAGGACAGGACAGAGCGCUGCUUGCUCUGGUUUGCAUGAAAGGCCAUUAGCCCCUGGCCUCACACUCCCAGUGGAAGCCUGGUUGGUGGCUCUGCAGAGCACCCCGGCGCUGAUCUCCGCUACUCCCUUCAUGUGCUGCGGCCCGUAGAGCCACCUCCGCUGGGCUGAAGCAGGGGGCCUGGCUGCACUGCUGAGGGAGCAGGAUGGGGUCUGUGCCACGUGCCUGCAGAGGUGCCCACUGCAGCCAGUCUGGAUCCGUCUGUGCUGGGUCUGGGUUGGUGCCACGUGGAGCAAGUGGUGCCCCAAACCGUGGGCAGGUGGAGGCAAAGAAGAUAAAGCAGGGCCUUGGCCGAGGGCAGAGGGGAGGCAGCUGUGGCAGAGGCUGGCAGAGGCCCUGAAGGCCUCUCUUGCAGCUGGGCAUCAACAUCCUCAGGGCCCCUGCACCUCCUGCCCUGCAGCAUGGCCAGUUCGAGGGGGCAGAAAGCGUUCGGGAUGAAGCUGACAGCGAGGCGGCUGUGUGCCAAGAGCCUGUUCCCCGCAUCUUGUCCUGCGGCCGUCCUGCCCCUCUCUGCUGCAUGCUGUUUGUGCCCAGUGCUGGCAGGAUGCACAGUGAUGUUCUCUGGUGGAGGCACAUCCUUUCCCCGCUGGCUUUGUCUGAGUGGCCCCCGUGGUGUUUUGAAACUUCUUCCUGCCCCAGGGCUUGCAUUCAGCUUCCCUUUGCUGCCUGGGCGUGUUGGGGGCUGGAUGUGGCCCUGCAGUUGAGAACGACCUCCAGGAAGCAUGCUCCCAACUAAUGGGAAAAAUGUUCUUCUAAUUGUUUUGGGCUGUUCCCAGACUAACCCUGCAGCAGGCGGAGCAGCAGAGGCCCAUCGGCAGAGCUGAGCAAACGCAGCUUAGCGCAGGAUGGUGAAAGGCCAUCUCCUGGUCAGCUGGUUUGAGUUCUUGGUCACCGUGAUGUUAGGCAGGCAUAUAGGUCAAACUUGCAUUGUUUAAAGAGAAAUUUAAAAUAACAAGCUGUCUAAUAAGAGUAUUUAUAGAAUCAUGCUCCUUAAUCUAAUCUGUUCUUUCACCGUUUGUUUUUUAUUUUUAAGUUCAAAGGUGUGAUAGAAAAGAAACCAAACUUUGCAGAUGCCCUGGGGGAGAAGUGCAAUGUAACUAAUCAUCUGUGUGAUUGCCCAGCCAGAGACUCCCCUCUGACCUGUGCAGAGUUCACAAAAACAUUUAUCCGAGCGUGCAAACCGAUUGCUGCUGCUCCAUAUCUGUUCCAGAUGCAUCCUUGAUGCCACCCGCACAGUGGGAAACUGUGGCUGGCCUGGUGUGGCAGAGCCUGACUGGCACCCCUUGCCCAUAGCGCUUGCCGUGUUGUGGUGGCCGGGCAUGGGCCCAGCUGCCUUCGAGCACUGCUGCCCCAGCUGUCCUAUUGCGGAGCAGGGCAUGCCACACUGCCCAGAGACGCGAACGUUCAUUUUCUGGGCAGAUGCUCAGCCUGUCUGUCCCCACCAGACAUGGGGCCAUGGGCCUGAGCCCCAGACAGAGGAAGGCACCGGGCUCGCCGGACGCUGCACAGUGAUGGUGAGCACAGGGAGCUUGGCGCAGGGCCCUCACUGUCACUGGGUGCUGCUCCGGGCCCUGCACCGGUGCUGCAUCGCGGCUCACCCCACAGCUUCCGCCUCCCACCCUCUCGAGGCGGAAACCCUGUUCUCCGUGCUUAGCUGCUGCUGCUGCCGCCAUAGAGCGGCUUUGUGUGAGCCGGCACAAAGUGAGGAUUGAUGCAGUUUCCCCUCCCCCUGCCGCACCGAGCGGGGCCGCAAACGGCUCCAACAAAGGUGCCCUUCUUCUUCCUGCUGAGGAUGGGGUGCUGUUAGGCUGAGGGGCUCUGCCCAGCAGCACUGCGCUGCAGGUAGAGGCACCCGCUCCCUUCCCGUGGUGGUCCCCGCACCCCAGGGCCCCAGGCUGACCCUGCUGCUGCUCGGGUUCCUGCUGGCGCAGCUGGGCCUCCCUGCAGCAGGCCCUAACGUGCUGAGCCGGGCCCGGGGCAGCAUUACCCCCAUCCCUGCCGUCACCGCUGCAGAAGAGGAGGGAGUGCCAGGGGCUCCCUGCCUGCCUGGGUUCUCCCAGGUUCUGAGAGGGGCCACAGCCUCUCUGCUUCCCCCACCCCGAGGUGAGGUGUCGGUGCCAUCCCAGCUGCCCCUGCUCCUCCCACCUCUGCGGAGUGAGCCAGCCCUUCAUCAGGGUGGGUUUGGUGGAGGCCAGAGACACUGGGGAGCAGAUUUGUUUCCCUGGGUGCAGCUGCUGCUGUGCUGGAACCUCCCGUGCGGUGUUCUUAGUGUGCUGGGGAAUAUCUUCACUUACCUGGAUUUCAGUUCCAAAUGGCCUAAGAGAAGCUUGUAUGAGCAUUUGUUAUCUCCCAGCUCCUCCCGCUGUGUAAUAACAAGUCAUCACAUUAUUGAGAGUGACUUGGAAAAGUUUCAGAAAAUGUGAGUCUGUAUGACGAACAGAUUGUAAGUUCUUUGUUAAAUUCACAUUAUGUUUGCUCGAUACUGUGCGUUUUAGGCAAUGGAUUCUGGAUUAUUUGUGAGGCAGCUGGAUGAGCCGGUGAGCAGCGCGGGCAGCGGUGCAGGGUUUGUCCGGGCUGUGCCCGGUGCCACCAGUGUUCCUGUGGCAGAUCCUCUGCUCUUGCCCGCCCUGAGGACAGGGAGCUCAUCGGGAGGGGAGGGCGAGCCCCUAUGGCUCAGGGGUGUGAACUUCUGCUUGUGCUUUGGAGGCGUAAGCUGUGUAGGCAGCAAAGUGGGUCCGCAUUGCUCUGUGCGUGCUGGGUGUUUGUCUAGGUACCGAAGCAGAGCGCUCUCCUGGGUUUGGUUUGUCAGCAAUAGUGUUUUCACCAUUACUGAUCACCAGCUUCUGUUGUUCUGGACUCCUCAGGUAGUCUGGCUGUUCGUGUGACAUUAUUAUUAUUUACAUAGGGCCCAGAUUUGCUCUCUUUUAUUGCCUGCAGCACGAUGUUUGUUCAGACUGGGCAUUGUGAAGUGUAAAUCCAGGUCCCACUGGCACCAGCACUCACCUCUGCCUUUUCUAGAAGCAGAUCAGUCCAUAAUGCCUGAAGUGCGAGACCUCUCAGAUGCCUUGCCCGACUUGCCGAUGGAUCCCAUCACGGGUGUUGGUGUGGUUGCAUCCCGGAACCGAGCACCGACAGGUUAUGACGUAGUUGCACAAACAGCAGAUGGCUUGGAUGCUGACCUCUGGAAAGAUGGCUUAUUUAAAUCCAAGGUCACACGAUACCUGUGCUUCACAAGAUCAUUUUCAAAAGAAAAUAGUCAUUUAGGCAAUGUCUUGGUUGAUAUGAAGCUCAUUGAUAUCAAGGACACUUUACCCGUGGGCUUCAUCCCCAUCCAGGAGACCAUUGAUACACAAGAAAUAGCUUUCAGAAAGAAGAGGCUGUGCAUUAAAUUCAUCCCUCGAGAUUCUACAGAGGCAGCAAUCUGUGAUAUCCGAAUCCUGGGUAGAUCUAAACAAGCUCCUCCUCAGUACACGUUCAUAGGGGAGUUGAACAACAUGGGCAUUUGGUACCGGAUGGGCAGAGUUCCACGCAACCAUGAAUCUUCACAGCCUGCGACUCCUCCUUCCCAAGUACCGUCUUCAACACCAGCUCCUAACCUGCCGAAGCAUAUCUCGCUGACGCUCCCUGCCAGCUUUCGAGGGAAAAGUCACAGCACUCGCCUGGACUUGGAGCACCAGCACUCAAAUUUGUAUGCCAUAUCAGCAAUGGAUGGAGUGCCUUUUAUGAUUUCGGAGAAGUUUGCCUGCGCUCCUGAAGGGAUGCAGCCAGUUGAUCUCUUGGGCAUCACAAUCAAAACCCUUGCAGAAAUCGAAAAGGAGUUUAAUGGCGCUGGCAACUUGUUACUAGGAAAACCGGGCUGCACUUUCUGCGAGUGUGCGUCUUCCAGGAGCUCAGGGCAGAGACAGCCAUCAAACUGAGGGUGGUCUCGUGUUCCCAAAGGAGCAUUUUGGCACAUGCGUGACUUGGGCUGCAUGAUGCCGAGGAGCCGCCGGUCUGCAAGGGCUGCCGCUCAGCUGAAGUCUCAGAAAACUGUCUCAGCAGCAUGUGCUUCUUUGGGCACCAUCGGUCACAAACGUCAUCUCUUGUGCCGACCAGCUGGGUUAAAGGCAGAGAGUAAGAAGAUGGCAUAGCAAAACUUCCAAACUCCUCAUGGCUUCUCUACUUUUUGAGUUGUGAGUCCAGUUUCCUAAAUCCAUCCUCUUCUCCUGCCCAGAAGCUUUGACUGAGUAUGAAAAGAAGGUGGUCUGUUGCCAGGGCUCUCCAAGCACCUGGCAGGCCAGGGGAGCAGUGACGGCGACUCUGAAGAUGCUGCCCGACACGGGCAAUCGCUGGCAGAAGCACUCACUGCCUCGGGCGCUGCGGUCCUGCAGCAUGGCACGCGUGCGGUGCCUCUGUUUGGGACUGCCUGCAUCUGUCAGAGGGCCCCACGCGGUGGAUUUGCUUCUGCAGCCCUCUGCGUGUUGCCUGGUCCGGGAGAGGUCUUGGCAGCUUGGGGUGCUGCCUGGAGGGGUGGGCUGUGCACCCCUCCCCCGUGCCCCUUGCAGGGCUGCGGAAUGCGGAGACACCGGCACCGGAGUCAUUUGUGCGGCCUUGGAUUAAAGGUUGAUACCUGUCGGCUCUCCCCACACCCUCCUGUUCCGUUACAGGCUGUGUACAUUACAGAGUAAUGAAAAGUAUAAUUAUGCAGCCCAUAUUCCUUGAUGAAGCAUCUUGUCUGCACAUAGAUAGCUACGCAUAUAAAUAUUGUGAAUUUCUGCAUGGCUUUAUUUCCCUUGCAAGCAAUAGCACUAUUACAGCAAAUCUGGAUUUCCAAAGCAGCGAGAACAUUUUCCCUGGAGCUAGAUGCCUUGCAAAAAAUAUUCCCAAAGAAUUCCAAGAGUUAUUGUUCUCUGUCGCCACAUUUGCAGACGUACGCACCCAUCCUCCAAGCUGCGAGGCGAGCCGAAUGAAAGGACUCCACCCUUUCAGGAAAAGUGAUGAAAGUAGGCACAAAUCCUGUACUGCACGCUCAGGCUGCACCUUAGGUCAGCAUGUCAUUGCAGCAGGACUGCACCGCCGUGCCCCAAGGAGCAUGCGAAGAAGUGGUGCAUGAAGAGGGUGAAGCCCAGCGAAGGCGGGUUUAAGCUGAGGGUGCUGUUCGCCCACGGCUGUUUUGGUGGACGUUGGGGUGGAAGGGAGCAGAGCCCCAGCAGGGCCGCUGCUGGCUCUCCCUGCGGGGCUGCAGGGGUUUGUCCUCGCUGGCCCUGCCUGUCCGGGGCAGGCGAACGUCACCAAGCGGGCGUCUCGGCAGGCGAGGCGGCUCUGUACGGUGCAGAGCGGUGCAGGCGGCAGCGAAGGCACCGGGACUGUUGGUGGCUCCGGCGGCAGCGGGUGCAGCUGCGCCACGUGGCUGUCAGCAGCGUGGUCAGCCGUCGGGCUGCCGUGGGCCUGCUGCACUCGCGGGGUGCUGGCAGAGUGCACCCCAUCUUUGUUUUAGCUUGGCGUUGAGAAAAAGUCUGGAGAGAGUCUAAUUAGUAAAGUGAGCAUCUAAUAUUAAUCAUUCCUUUUAAACUGACAAGGAAGGCAGUUCAUUUAACCACUUAAUUGCUACAAGUUUUGAUGGGCUGCUCUUUGCAAAUAUAUUUAAUGAAGAAGUUGUAAAUCUAAAAGAGCUUAAAAUUUUAAUUUUAUACAGAAAUAUUUUUCCUUGUUCUCAUGUUUGUAGUCAAUUCUCCAGAGCGUAGUCACAUGAAAUGUUCUUUAAAUGAACAUAUUUGCUAACUGGCAUGAUUUCAGUUUUUAAAACAUUGGUUCCAGCAAUUAGGCAUUUUUUUCAGUUCCCAAAUGACUAGAGAAAUUCGUCUUGAUUAUAAUUGCUCUUAGCCACGCAUAUCUAAUUUGUGUCUUUUUAAGUGUUAAUUAGUAAACAGUUUGAGCUGA